AAGUUGUUGCGUUGUUGUCAAUAACAAGACAAAUUGAAGGAGAAUUGUGUAUUAUAGCGUUUUAAAACAGUCAGGUUGUGUAAAAAAAAAAAGCACCUACUUCUAGGUUUGAAAUGUUUGCUUUAACUAAAGUAAAACACGCUGCAGCUGGAGUAACGCGGCAGUGCUUUAGUAUUAGACAUGUGAAAGAAGGCAGAGCAGUAAGCAGAGCUUUCUCAUGCUCCGAACAUGGAGAAGAAUCGUGCACGGUGGAAAACGAUGUGUACGAUAUAAUCAUAUCGGGAGGAGGAAUGGUGGGCACUGCCAUGGCAUGUUCUUUAGGAUUUGAUCCUAAUUUGCAAGGCAGAAAGAUUCUUUUGCUGGAAGCUGGUCCAAAGAAAGAGAUGAACAAGGCACCAGAGCUUUUCAGCACACGGGUCAGCUCCAUCAGCCCAGGCUCCGUGACACUUCUUAGUGGUCUUGGUGCUUGGGAUCACAUAGCCAAUUUAAGAUGCAAACCCUAUCAAAAAAUGCAGGUUUGGGAUGCCUGUUCAGAUGCCCUGAUAACAUUUGACAAGGAGAAUCUACAGGAUGACAUGGCGUAUAUCGUAGAAAACGAUGUCAUUGUGGCUGCUCUUACCAAGCAGCUGCAGACACUCUCAGAUCAAGUAGAAGUGCAGUACAGAACUAAAGUGGUGAAGUACACUUGGCCCAGGCCUUAUCAGAUGGCUGACUCCAUCCCCUGGGUCCAGGUGACAUUAGCCAAUGGAAGCACACUGCAGACCAGACUUCUGAUUGGGGCAGAUGGAUCAAACUCCAUGGUACGGAAGAAGUCGGGGAUCCCUACUGUCAAGUGGAAUUAUGACCAGUCAGCUGUAGUAGCCGUUUUACAUUUAUCUGAGCCCACUGAAAACAAUGUGGCAUGGCAGAGGUUUCUCCCAACAGGGCCAAUUGCAAUGCUGCCGUUGUCAGACACACACAGCUCCCUGGUCUGGUCUACUGGUCAUCAGCAUGCUGAGGAGCUCCUGCAGAUGGAUGAGGAGAGCUUUGUGGACGCCAUUAACAAUGCAUUUUGGAACAAUGAGAACCAGUCGGAGCUGGUGGAGGCAGCUGGCUCUCUGUUCCGUACCGCCCUGUCCAUUCUCAUGCCGAAUGGCACCUCUACUCGCCAGCUUCCACCCAGUGUGGCAGGCAUCGGCCCCAAGAGCAGGGUCAUGUUUCCUUUGGGAAUGGGCCAUGCUUCAGAGUACAUCCGCCACAGAGUAGCUCUGAUUGGUGAUGCUGCACACAGAGUACACCCUCUAGCUGGUCAGGGGGCCAAUCUGGGAUUUGGGGAUGUGGCCUGCCUGACACGCGUGCUAAGCCAAGCUGCAUUUAAUGGAAAAGACAUUGGAGACAUGCAGCACCUGCUGGAGUAUGAGACUGAGCGCCAGCGGCACAAUCUACCAAUGUUAACGGCCAUCGACCUGAUGAAGAGGCUCUACUCCACUAACGCUCCCCCUAUGGUUUUGCUGAGAACUUUUGGCUUACAGGCCACUAAUGCAUUGCCACCUCUUAAAGAGCAGAUUAUUGCAUAUGCCAGCAAGUAAGGUAUUGUUUUCACACUGCCACUUGUUUGCCAUGGUGGCAUGUAAAUCUUUAAAGAUUGUAAAAUAUUAAUUAAUAAAUUGUAUUUUAUUUGUUCAA